GGCAAGGUGGAAGUGGGUGCACGAGCUGUUAUACGGUCUCUUCUCUGGGAGAACACAGCCGGUCAAGGCUGUGCUCGAGAUUCACGAGAAAGGAGCCUCUUCGGAGCAAUUCUGCUCGAAGUGUUGUGGCUUCAGCUUCUCGGAGAAGAAGCUGGUAGCGAACUAGAGAUCAAGUUCACAAUUCCGUCGGUGGAUCGGGAAGACUUUUUGAGCGAAUUGAGAGUUCUCACUCUGUCGUCUUGAGACUUUGGAAUUCGACCUCUUUAGUUGCAGAGCCAGAGUUUCGGGAAAGGGUGUAAACUCAUCUGUCAAUACGUCGCGAUGGCAGGUGCAGCAGUUGCAGCUGCUGGGCCAGCGCAGUGGGUUCAAGCAAAUGUCACCGGAAAUGGUCUUGCAGUUCUUACCCUGGAUCGUCCUAAAGCCCUGAAUGCCAUGAAUCUUGAUAUGGACAUCAUCUACAAAAAGUAUCUGGAUGAAUGGGCCACAGAGCCUACCGUGAAAAGUGUGCUCAUACAGAGCAGUUCUGCCCGUGCCUUCUGUGCUGGUGGAGAUAUUAAACAGAUGCACAACCACAACAGUGAUAAUGAAAAUGGAAUAUUCGAAACUGCUCUGAAGGUUUUUGCGGCAGAGUACAGCUUGAUAUGUGAAAUAGCUAACUACAAGAAGCCGUACAUUUCUUUGAUGGAUGGCAUCACCAUGGGGUUUGGAAUUGGCCUCUCGGGUCAUGGUCGUUAUCGAAUCGUUACAGAGAGGACAGUACUGGCAAUGCCCGAAAAUGGUAUUGGAUUGUUUCCUGAUGUUGGCUUCGCUCAUAUUGCGAGCCGAAGUCCUGGAGGAGGUGCUGUUGGCGCAUAUCUCGCUCUGACGGGAGCCAGAAUAAGUAAUCCAGCCGAUGCUCUCUACGUAGGGCUGGCUAGCCAUUACGUCCCUUCACAGGAUCUGCCACCUCUGAAGGAAGCUCUUCUGCAACUAGAUCUAUCAGGUGACGCAUAUCAGAAAGUGGAAGAAUUGCUUGGCAUGUUCAGCAAAACGCCAGAAGAUGAACCCAAGCUCAAAGGCCUUCUAGCCACCAUAGUGUCCUGCUUUGGAAGGAAUCUACCAGUUUCAGGAAUUAUCGAGGCCUUGCAGGCAGAGGAACAAUCAGAAGAUCCCGCAGUGGCGGAGUGGGCAAAAGGAGCACUAGAGGGCAUAAAGAAGGCUGCCCCUCUCAGUCUGGCUGUGACCCAAAGACAUUUCGCAGAUGUUGCAGCAGCUGCUUCCGAUUCUAAAAAUCCUCUUUCCCAGAUUGAAGGAGUGAUGAGGAAGGAGUACUCACUGGGAACUAAAACAAGCAUGCGUCCGGACUUUCUCGAAGGUGUCCGAGCUGUCUUGAUUGACAAGGAUCAGAAUCCGCGUUGGAAACCAGAAGAUAUUAAACAUGUAGACCACCUGGAGUUGGAAGAGGUUCUUUCGCCUUUGGAAGGGCACCCACCUCCUUUCUGAUGAUUACUGGGAUUAAUACUGAGUUAGUUAUUGUGAGAGUAGCGGUCUUCAGUCAGAAAACAGCAGAAAAUUUGGGGUUGUGUACCUUGUUGCCGUGACGUGUCAUCAAAAAAUGGGUUUCGCAGUUAACACAGCUUUCACCUGCCUGUGCUACCCUUGAUUGAGAUUGCUAUGACUACAUAUGAAUCAAGCGACGACAUAAAUAUUCUCGGCAAAAAGGGAAGAGUCGUUGAAGACAUCAAAUGUUUAAACUAAUGGAAUUGUAAGAUAAUUACACAGAUUGAGUAACCCACAUCGUACCACACCGACAUCUGUAUUGGGAUUUUAA